AUGGGUAGGAAGCAAAUUCAACUUUUCGAUGAUAAGAGUGAUGGGUUUUUCUCUGUUUGCAAUUUGGGAUUUCAAUGGAGCUCCCAAGAGGGGGCUUAUCAUCCUGGUGGCUUAUUUGCUAGCGUUAGCCAAGUGGGAAUGGGAUUUGGUGUCUCAGCAGACCCUCCGAAUCCACGCGGGAAUGGCGACGUGAAGCUUCCAUAUGCCGACCUGUACAUGAAGUAUGUAGAGGGCAUUAAGAAUUUUGGGGUUCAGGAAGAGAAGGGAGAGGUGAAGAAGAAGAAAGGUGGUCUUAAAUUGAAAGUUAAGAUUGCAAACCCUUCACUGAGGAGGUUGAUAAGUGGUGCAAUAGCUGGGGCAGUGUCACGGACAGCUGUGGCGCCAUUAGAGACCAUAAGGACGCAUUUGAUGGUUGGGAGUAGUGGGAAUUCUACUACUGAGGUGUUUAACAAUAUAAUGAAGACUGAUGGGUGGAAGGGACUGUUUAGGGGAAAUCUUGUCAAUGUUAUUCGGGUUGCACCGAGCAAGGCAAUAGAGCUGUUUGCUUAUGAUACGGUUAAUAAGCGCUUGUCAUCGAAACCUGGAGAGCAGCCCAAACUUCCAAUUCCUGCCUCAUUAAUUGCAGGUGCCUGUGCUGGAGUAAGCUCGACAAUUUGCACAUACCCCCUGGAGUUACUGAAGACCCGGUUAACCAUUCAGAGGGGCGUUUAUGAUGGCCUUCUUGAUGCAUUCUUAACAAUAGUGCGAGAAGAGGGACCUGCAGAACUCUACAGAGGUCUUGCCCCUAGUCUUAUUGGAGUAAUUCCGUAUGCUGCCACCAAUUACUUUGCUUAUGACACAUUGCGGAAAGCGUAUCGCAAGUUUCUCAAGCAGGAGAAUAUUGGCAACAUUGAAACCCUUUUAAUUGGAUCAGCAGCCGGUGCUAUUUCAAGUACUGCAACUUUCCCACUCGAGGUGGCACGCAAACAUAUGCAGGUGGGAGCCCUGGGUGGAAGGCAGUAUACGAAUGUGCUUCACGCUCUCGCAAGCAUACUUGAACACGAAGGGGUUCAGGGUUUAUACAGAGGGCUAGGUCCUAGCUGCAUGAAGUUGGUGCCUGCAGCAGGGAUUUCUUUUAUGUGCUACGAAGCAUGCAAGAGGAUACUGGUAGAGGACAAAGAGGAAGCGUAG